AUGCACGAAUUAAGCCAGAUCCCGCAUUUGAAUGGAAAUGUUAAACAGAUACGUGCUCGGCUUGAACAUGAUCAAGCGUCUGAUACUGCUAUUAUCAAAGAAGUUUCGCCAUCUAAUAAUAUUAUAAAACAGAGAAAAAUACUUUUCGAAGGCAGUAAAAUCGGUAAUGAACAAAGUAUACUAAAGUGGAAACAGAAGCCGAUUGUGACGCAAAAGCGGAAACCGUGCAAAAGCCCAACGCCUGUACUUUCCCCAGUCAGUUCAGUGGAUGUUUUAAAUAUCAGUGAAGAUGGUCUUUCUUCCGUGAAUACUGCAAGCAUCGUUUCGAAUUCUGAUAUUCGAAAGCAUCAUAUGAAAGUGCGAAGUGCAGUUGCAUUCUACGACAGUUUGAUUGAUUCUGGACAAAUGUCACCGACUGCUUUUCGUAGUCCAAGAGAUUUGUCGUUUGACCAACAAAACUUUAUGAGAUCUUCCGUAAUUUCGGAUGGUUCUUGGAUAGAUCUCCAGCUGAGAAGUCCACUUUCUAGUGAAACAGAAUCGUUGUGUUCAGAACAAAGUUUCGAUUGUCCUGGAAAAAAGGUUGAAGACAUCAAUGAAAAAACAUUGGUUCCAGGGGAAAUUUUCGAAUCAGAUGAAACUUUGAUAUCGAAAGAUGUGGUAGUGCAUGAUUCGAAUACCGCUGCUAAUUCCAAGAUAUGGAAAUCAAGGAAUCUAGAGUCAAAUUGCGAAUUUUUGUCUUCUUGCGAUUCUGAAGCUACAUCGUCCAGACCCAGUAGUGAUGCUUAUAGCAUAAAUAGUGCACUUUAUCGUACUAGUAUAACAAGCCCAACAAGAAAUUCGUUUGACUCCUCGUUUAUGGACAUCUUCUACAACACCGGUUCUCGGGAAGAGGACCAGAGAUUAAAGAAGCUUCACUAUGCAGCGGUCGAAAUUUACACAGUUGAGAAAAAAUUUGUUGAGCAGUUGGAACUUAUUGCUGUGAAAUAUCCUGAAUUUUUGACAGAAUAUGGGAAGGAAUUGGGGAUCAAUUUGUUGAAACCGUUACCAAAUGGACAUCCUCAUUUGAUCAGUCAGAUAGCUCAGCAACUUUUAAUGGUGAAAGAAGCGCAUAAGUUUUUGUUGGAGAAAAUUUCAUCAAAAAUUGAAAAUUGGGAUUCGAGAGAUCCAAAUAUGGCAGAAUGCCUAAAAAAUGGAGCUGGUUUAUUGAAAUGUUGUCUUCCCUACCUCAAAGAAAAAAAGAAGCAUGUUGAUGAUUUCAUAAGAUUGCUUCAAGAUAAUGAAGAAUUAGCUCGUGCAACAGCAAAGUUCGAGGAACAAGUAAUGGGUAAAAUAUCUAUAAUUCAACAGCUUGAUAUCGUUCAUCAAAAUGUUGUGCGUUAUACGAUUUUACUGGAGGCGUACAAAAAGUACUUAAUGCCUGAAUCUGAUGAACUGGAUGUAUGUAAAGAAGCAUUGGUGCAGUUAUCAAAAGUAUCAGAAGUAGUUGAUCGGCAGAUUAGUCGUGCUGAAUUGGAAAAACGUUUAAUUGAUUUAUAUCGACGACUUGAGGGAAGGUUUAAUGUUUUUGAAGCAAAUCGGCACCUUUUAUUUGAAGGCGAAUUGAUGAAACAAUCGCGGAAAGAUUUACAACCUCGAUACUUGAUAUUAUUCUCGGAUAUGUUAUUAAUUUGUAAAUAUUCAAGAACGCCUUCGCUUGGAACAGAUGCCAAUUUUCAUUCCGAAUUUUAUAAAUUUCUUGUUUCUCGGAUUCGUGUUAAAGCAGAAGAACACGGCGAAUAUGAAACUCAUUUUCAGCUGUACACCACACAGAAAAGUGCCGUUUUUAUUGCAAAAACGAAACGAGAAAGAGAUGAUUGGGUGAAACGAAUCAAUGAAGCGAAAAUGGAGGCAAAAGAGUUGCGUCGCAUUAAAGCUGUUAGAAACAAGAUUCUCAAUGUCCGAUUAAUGCACAGAGAUGAGCUGAUGAGUGAGGAUACAUCGAAUAGUAAAGCGUCGAACAAUGGAUCGGUUCACAGUAUUUUACUGCCAACUACUGGAAAGCAUAAAUAUACACCAUUAUGGAUACCUGAUCCAAAAGCAACUUCAUGCAUGAUGGCUGGUUGUUCUACAAAAUUCAAUGUUCUGAAUCGUCGCCAUCACUGCCGUGAAUGUGGAUACUUAAUAUGUCGUUCAUGCGUUGGUUAUGCUCCUGUCAAAACUAACAGUUAUUAUAUACGCACCAAAGUUUGUCCAGAAUGCUAUGUGAAAAUUAUCAAAAAAUGGAAGGGAGAACUAGGAAGCACGACUUUCACAGCUCCCGAAAAUGAAUCUCUGACUAAAACUAAUGUUCCCAGUCGAAAUGCGGAAGGAGUAGUAUCUGGCACUGUAUUUCUGAGAAAUCAAAAAGGUGGCGAAAAUGAAAAGUGGGGUCGGCUUACAUCCCAUGCAGAUGGUGUCUUAGUGCUUUGUUUUUAUGAUGCAGAGUUUGAUGUGGAUCCUGUGGCGCGCUACGUUCUUUUAGGAUUUACACUUUAUGCGCAAGAAUUAGAUGAUGGUGGUCGUUUGUUUGAGUUGCGGCAUGCCAAUCAAGUAAAUGAGAGGAAUGGUAUUUCACUGCAUUUUCGAGUUGCACAUUCGGGAAAUGCUGAGAGGUGGUACAAGACGCUAAAAAGAGGACUGGGAAAUGGUGACACUGUAUUUUCGUAA